UAGAGUAACAUUCAUAUCAUACCAUGUAUUAUGUAGAACUAAAGGCUUUGCAAUGCACACAUAUGCAUUUUGCAUGAGUUAGGCAAAGCCAUCCUUCUCAUUCUGAGAAAAGGGCGUGCUUGUUGGUUUUUCUUAGCUUCAGCCAUCACAAAAACAGGAUAGCUGCAGUGCUGUAUUUGAGGCAGCGAAACACAGAGAGACAGAAAUUCAAACACUGACUCUUCUAGCAGACAAAAAUGUUACUCCUGACUUUCCUGUUUUCCAUAAUAUGCUUUACUCUUUACCGCUGGUACAAAGAGAACAAGAGACAUGAGAACAUCUCAGAUAAAUAUGUUUAUAUUACUGGGUGUGAUACUGGAUUUGGAAAUCUGCUAGCUAAGUCUCUGGACAAGCAAGGAGUUCAUGUACUUGCUGCUUGCUUUACUGACAAAGGACAGGAUGAUCUCAAAAAGAAUGCCUCUCCAAAACUGAAGACAUUCCAUCUCGAUGUGACAAAGUCAGAAAGUGUGAGAAAAGCAGCAGAAUUCAUCAAGUCCGAGGUUGGAGAAAAAGGUUUGUGGGGAUUGGUAAACAAUGCUGGUAUAACAAUGCCACUUGGUUUUUCUGACUGGCUUUCAACAGAAGAUUAUAAAAGCAUACUUGAGGUGAAUCUUAUUGGAGUAAUUGAUGUCACUCUGAGUGUUCUUCAGUUAAUUAAAAAAUCUCAAGGAAGAAUUGUAAAUAUGUCCAGUAUCUGUGGAAGACUAUGCAUAUCUUCUGGAGGUUACUGCAUUUCUAAAUUUGGUGUGGAAGCUUUUACUGAUAUGCUUAGAACAGACAUGAGAUACUUUGGAGUAAAUAUAGCUUGCAUUGAACCAGGAUUUUUUAAGACUCUAAUGACUAGUGAAGCUGAAAUACUUAAAAGUUAUUCACAAGUCUGGGACAGAGCACCAGCAGAGGUUAAAGAUGACUAUGGACAUGAUUUCUGUGAAAAAUUGUGUGCAUCAGUAAAGGGAAGAAUAGACAGCGUCUUAGAUUCAGAUCUCACAAAGGUGACCUGGUGUAUGGAGCAUGCCUUGUUUGCUGUGUAUCCUCGAACCCGUUACUCUGCUGGAUGGGAUGCUAAAAUUCUGUGGCUCCCAUUAUCUUACAUGCCUACUACAAUUUCUGAUUAUGUGCUAAGCAAAAUGAGAAAAUUAGUACCUGCAAAAAGUGUUAUAUAGCCCUUUUAAUUAUGCGGCUUUUACAAGUUCCUGAGACAGAUACAUAUUGUGAAUUUUGAGAUAAUAUGUGUGACAUUGUUACAAACAUAUCAUCAUUUUAUCUUUAUAAUCAAAAUAAAAGUAUCCAAAUAAAUAUUUUUGUUGUAAAGUCUCAAUGUAAGCUGG